GACUUCCUCUCCAUUAUUGAUAGGCGUCGGGCUGCAGAGCUGGUGGGAGGAUCACAUACGAGGGCUCCGCCCCCAGCGUCCUGUGGCCAUGACGACCGCCCCGCGGGACUCCCUGGUGUGGAAGCUCGCGUGGCUGCUGCGGGAGUCCGGGGAUGUGGUCCUGUCUGGCUGUAGCACACUGAGCCUGUUCACUGCCACACUGCAGCAGCUGAAUCAAGUAUUUGAGCUGCACCUGGGGCCAUGGGGCCCUGGCCAGACAGGCUUUGUGGCUUUGCCCUCCCACCCUGCCGACUCCCCCGUCAUCCUCCAGCUUCAGUUCCUCUUCGAUGUGCUGCAGAAAACGCUUUCACUCAAGCUGGUCCAUGUCCCAGAUCUUGGCCUCCCAGGGCCCAUCAAGAUUUUCCCCUUCAAGUCCCUUCGGCGGCUGGAGCUCCGAGGUGUCCCCCUCCACUGCCUCCGUGGCCUCCGUGGUAUCUAUUCCCAGCUGGAGACCCUGACUUGCAGCAGGAGCCUCCAGGCAUUAGAGGAGCUCCUCUCAGCCUGCGGUGGUGACCUUUGCUCUGCCCUGCCCUGGCUGGCUCUGCUCUCCGCUGACUUUAGCUACAAUGCACUGACUGCCUUAGACAGCUCGCUGCGUCUCUUGUCGGCUCUGCGCUUCUUGAACCUGAGCCACAAUCAAGUCCAGGACUGCGAGGGCUUCCUGAUGGAACUGUCUGAGCUCUGCCAUCUGGACAUCUCCUAUAAUCACCUGCGUUUGGUGCCGAAAAUGGGCCCCUCGGGAGCUGCUCUGGGGACCCUGAUACUGCGAGGCAAUGAGCUCCAGAGCCUGCAUGGCCUGGAGCAGCUGCGGAACCUGCGGCACCUGGAUGUGGCCUACAACUUGCUGGAAGGACACAGGGAGCUGUCGCCGCUAUGGCUGCUGGCUGAGCUUCGAAAGCUCUACCUGGAGGGGAAUCCUUUGUGGUUCCACCCAGCGCACCGAGCAGCCACUGCCCAGUACUUGUCACCCCGGGCCAGGGACGCCGCCACCGGGUUCCUUCUUGAUGGAAAGGCCUUGUCACUGACUGAUUUUCAGGCCUCCACAUCCUCAGGGCUUGGGCCCCCAGCCCUGCCUCUGCCUUGGCUAGUGGGGAGUACCACCGAAACCUCUGGCGGCCCCGACCUGAGUGACAGCCCCUCGUCGGGAGGCGUUGUGGCCCAGCCUCCUGUUCGUAAGGUUAAGAGCCGAGUCCGUGUGAGGCGGGCGAGUAUCUCGGAACCUAGUGAUACAGACCCGGAGCCCCGGACUCUGGACCCCUCCCCGGCUGGAUGGUUUGUGCAGCAACAUCGGGAACUUGAACUCAUGAACAGCUUCCGAGAACGAUUUGGCUGUGACUGGCUGCAGUAUAGGAAUCACCUGGAGGCCUCUGGGACCCCUGUUCUGGCGACCUCCAAGACCCCUGCCCUCAGCACCCUGCCCCUGGAUGUCCCGAGCCCUGAGACUGUGCCAGGCUCUCUGCCCCCAGAGAGGGAGUCUCCAGAGGAAGUGGCAGAGGAAGUCAGGGUGGAGCCGGAGCUACUGGAGGAGGAGGAGGAGGAGGUGGUGGAGGAGCAGGGAAAAGAGGAGGGAGGAAAGGAGGAAGAGGAAGAGGAGGAGGAGCAGGAGCACAACGAAAUGGAGGUGGAGCUCUGCCGCCCCAUGUUGGUGUGUCCCCUGGAGGGACCCGGGGGCGUGCGGGGGAGGGAAUGCUUUCUCUGGGUCACUUCUGGCCACCUGUUUGAGGUGGAACUCCAAGCGGCUCGGACCCUGGAACGGCUUGAGCUCCAGAGUCUGGAGGCAGCUGACAUAGAGACGGAGACCCAGACCCAGAGAGAAGCAGCGCCCGAGGGCUCAGACCCAUGCCCCAGGGGCCCCAUCCUUGUUCUGCGCUUCUCCUACAUUUGCCGGGAUCGGCAGUUGCGUCGCUAUGUGGUGCUGGAGCCAGAUGCCCAGGCAGCCAUCCAGGAGCUGCUUGCUGUGUUGACCCCAGCAGCCACCUCAGCUCAGCAGCAGCUUGGGGGAACAAGGGACCCACCGGAGGGCAGACUCCAAUGUCUACGUUGUGGCCAUGAGUUCAAGGCAGAGGAGCCCAGGCAGGGCCUGGACAGUGAAGAAGGCUGGCGACCUCUAUUCCAGAAGACAGAAUCGCCUGCUGUGUGUCCAAACUGUGGUAGUGAUCACGUGGUUCUCCUGGCUGUGUCCCGGGGAACCCCCAAUGGGGAGCAGAGACCGGGAGAGCGAUUUCCAGCCCCCUCACAGUCCCCCAGUGCUGUCCAUGACCCUCCUGGCCACAGCAACCACACCAGCAGUGCCCCAUCUCAGGCUCCAGUCUCCCAUGACCACCACAGUUGGAGCCUCAGCCCCCCCUCUGAGCGCUGUGGCCUUCGCUCUGUGGACCACCGACUCCGGCUCUUCCUGGACGUCGAGGUGUUCACCGAUGCCCAGGAGGAGUUCCAGUGCUGCCUCAAGGUGCCAGUGGCAUUGCCAGGCCACCCUGGGGAGUUUCUGUGUCUUGUGGUCGUGUCUGAUCACAGGCUCUAUGUGUUGAAGGUGACAGGGGAGAUCUGCGGGCCUCCGGCUAGCUGGCUGCAGCUGACCCUGGCCGUCCCCCUGCAGGAUCUGAGUAGCAUAGAGCUGGGCCUGGCAGGACAGAGCCUGUGGCUGGAGUGGGCAGCUGGGGCGGGCAGCUGUGUCCUGCUGCCCCGAGAUGCGAAGCACUGCCGGGCCUUCCUGGAGGAGCUCGCUGAUGUCUUGCAGUCUCUGCCCCCCACCCGGAGGAGCAGCGUCAGCACCACGGAAGAGGAGGUGACCCCGAAGCACCGGCUCUGGCCAUUGCUGGAGAGAGACUCUUCCUCGGAGCCUCCCCGGUUCUUUUACCUACGGGUGUUCCUGGUUGAAGGCCCUGCUGCCUGCCCUGUGUCCUUGUUGCUGACUCUGUGCACCCUGUACCUGUUAGAUGAGGACCCCACGGGGUCCCAGGCAGAGCACCCUCCUCCAGCAGUGUCUGGUGAGGUCUCUGUGAAGGCGCCGCCCUCCAGGCCAGGCCCUUCAGUGCGUGUCAGGGAGCAGCAGCCGCUCAGCAGCCUGAGCUCCGUGCUGCUCUACCGUGUGGCCCCGGAGGACCUGCGGCUGGUCUUCUAUGACGAGGUGUCCCGGCUGGAAAGCUUUUGGGCUCUCCGUGUUGUGUGUCCGGAGCAGCUGACAGCCCUGCUGGCCUGGAUCCGGGAGCCCUGGGAGGAAUUGUUUUCCAUUGGACUCCGGACCGUGACUCAAGAGGGUCUAGAGCUUGUCCAGUGAGGCUGCUGUGCAGGCCCUGCCCCCGGCCUCGGGAGCCAUGGCUGCAGAUGCUCUCUCUCCAGACUCUGGCUGUGGAUUUCUUCCGCCUUUGGGCGCUGGCCAGGGAGGCUCCAAAUGACCCACAGCUCAAGGGCAGGGCGGGAGGACUGGUCGGCCUCUGGGUGACCUGGCCCGAGGGGACGGGCUAAGUGAUCAGUAGGAAUGUUUGUCCUGCACUUUUUCUCAGGUAUCAAUAAAGUUGUUUCCACUCCA